UGUUUUUGUGUCCAAAAACGAAAUAAACGCAAAAUUUCGAAAUAAAGUUCACUAACAAAGCUCAAAUCUCCCAUUCCUAUCUAACUAGUUACACAUUUAUUUGAUCAAAUGUGUGACAAAACAAUUCAGGAUAUUGUAACGAAAUAACGUGAGAGAUAAAGUUUGAUACACUAUUAUGAGUUUUGCGUGUGGUACAGACCACCUGGAAGUCAGGCUAGUAAGUUCACCAUGACUAUGUUCUCCGCUUCUGGAAUGGGAGCAGAACCUCAACAGGCAACGAACCAAGUAGCCCAGAACGGCAGUACCACUUUACCUCGCUCACACCAUCAAAGAACAGGUCGACCACCUGCAGCACCUAAAUCCUAUGAUUAUUUGCUAAAAGUCCUUUUAGUUGGAGAUUCUGAUGUUGGAAAACAAGAAAUACUACAGGACUUAGAAGAUGGAUCAGCAGACUCCCCAUUUUGCAGUGGUAGUGCUUAUAAAACUACAACAAUAUUAUUGGAUGGCAAAAGGGUUAAGCUUCAAUUAUGGGACACAUCAGGACAGGGUCGGUUCUGUACUAUAAUAAGGUCGUACUCACGUGGGGCACAAGGAAUACUACUUGUAUAUGACAUUACAAAUAAAUGGUCUUUUGACAGUAUUGAUAGGUGGCUUGAAGAAGUAGAACAGCAUGCACCAGGAGUCCCAAAGGUAUUAGUUGGCAACCGACUACAUCUUGCCUUCAAACGCCAAGUUCAAGAAAGAGAUGCAGAGUUAUAUGCAGCCAAAAAUCAUAUGGCAUUUUUUGAAGUCAGUCCUCUAUGUGAUUUUAAUAUCAGGGAAAGUUUCUGUGAGCUAUCACGGAUGGCAUUACAUCGUAAUGGGAUGGAAAGAUUAUGGAGAAGUAAUAAAGUGCUCAGCCUUCAGGAGUUGUGUUGCCGCGCGAUAGUGGCACGCACUUCCGUCUACGGGCUGGAACGGUUGCCGUUACCGACGACGCUGAAGUCUCACCUCAAGUCGUACGCGAUCAACGCGGCGCCGAGCAGACACCGCGCCCGGCCGACGAAGCAUCCGCACCACGCACGCCUCAACUGCACCGGCCGAAACUCCUGCUCCAUAGCCUGAACCCGAUGAGAUCGAUUUGUGCACAUUU